AUGUCUACCCGGCAGCCCUCGCGUGUUGUCUUUGUGGGCAAUAUCCCAUAUGGCUUGACUGAAGAGCAAAUCACCGAAAUCUUCAGCGGUGCCGGCAAGGUACUCAACUUCCGGCUUGUGUAUGACCGCGAAACUGGUCGUCCUAAGGGCUUCGGCUUCGCUGAGUUUCCUGACUACGACUCAGCUGCUUCAGCUGUACGCAAUCUCAAUGACUACGAGAUCAUGGGGCGCAAGCUACGUGUGGACUUUAGCAACGAGGUAGUCGGUGACGACGACAAUCGCGAUCGCGAUGGCGCUACCAACAACUACUCCACCUCCCCAACUAGCAGCACUCCUUCAACCACACUCCCCCCUCUCCCCCAGGGCAAGGACCUUCCCCCAGGAGUCCAUUGCACCGACGCGAUCUCCCGCACCCUCAACACCCUCCCCCCAGCCCAACUCCUCGACAUCCUCCAGCAAAUGAAAACACUCGCCACCACUGACCCAGCCCGCGCCACCGAACUCCUCACCCAGGCUCCCCAGCUAAGCUAUGCCGUAUUCCAAGCCCUGUUGAUUAUGGGCCUGGUCUCCCCUGAAGCCAUCAACUCCGUCCUGGAACCGACCGCCGCGACAACUGCAGCGUCAACCAUUCCCGGCGCGGUGGUGCCCCCUCCGUACGGGUACCCUGGUGCCACAGGCACACCGGUUGGGGGUUCUCCGGCGGCUGCGCCGCCACCUGCUGCAGCUCAGCCUGCUGCCGGGGCUGCUGCUAUCGCGCAGGAUCCGGAAGCGCUGAUGCGCGCGGUGCUGGAGCUGCCGCAGGAGACGAUUGAUCAACUUCCUGAAGUGGAGAGACAGCAAAUCAUGGCGCUACGGGCGAGCUAUGCUGCUCAGCUGAAGCGUUGA